CUACAAACGUUUUACAUUCAAACCCUACAUUCAAACGAUUAAAUACAAUAAUCAGUACAAAAAUACAAGCUAGCAUUCAAAAAGGCGCACUCUAAUGAACAAGUCGACUCUUAUAGACAGUCGAUAAGAGUCGACUUUCCUCAGUAGAAAAAGCGACGGUGCGAUUCUUCGCUAAGCAUAGACGAGAUAGUGCGCGACCAUGUUGGUCUUUCCAAUGAAAUGAGGUAGGCCAAAAUAUCUAAAACUUUUUUGUUCAUUCAUGGUGCUAUUUAGAAGUGGAAAAGACUAAUUUUUAAAUUACAUUUUUGAUACAACAGAGGAGGGUUUAAGACAUAUCUUUAGCAAUUAUGGAAAUCCCAUGUCUGUGUCAAUGAUCAGGAGUAGGAAUCAACAACUCACUGCCUUUGUGGAAUUUGAAUCCCAAUAUGAAGCGGAUAAUGCAAUUAUGGGACUGCAUUUAAAACCUCCUCUGAAUUGGGAGGUGAAUUACACUCGCUUAAAUGAUGAAGUUCCGAAUCACUGUCAGCGUUUCCCAUCUCCUACAAUGACAUCGGGAAGACAUCCCCUUAUGUAUUCGGAAAUGGGGUUGCAAUCCCCAAACUCCAGGCAAUCUCCUCGUUUUAUCGAAAUGAGAGGAACCGAUUCUUCUAUGGCAGUUAUCCGCCCUAUUAGGAAUAACUCAAUGACUCCAGAAUUCCCGACCUGUUCUGUAUGCAGUAUAGAAGCAUUGCUCGUGUGCACGAUUUGCAAGACCCGAUACUGCUCACCAAGAUGCCAGAGAAGUGAUUGGCCUUCUCAUCAAUCAAUUUGCAAACCAAUACGGCCCUAGUUACGGAACUGCCAGAUGCGGUUUAUAUGAAUGGGAUUGGCUCUACAACUCUCCGAAGUUAUCCGAACAUGCAAAACGGAAGAACGUCAGUUGCCAUUCAGCAGUCUCAUGACACUUCCUCCGAAGAAUUCGUAAGUCAGCAUCAAAAUAACGAUACAAUUGAAGAUUCCUGCCCCUAUACGUACUUAAUUAAGGGUACACGCUCUCAAAACCAAAAGGAAGGAUCAAAUCAAUUGUUGUCCGUGACGGUACAUCGCAAUCUUGAAAAUGGGUCUUCAACGAAAAUGUGCCCGCCAGAAGUGAGUAGCGUCCAGUCGGUUUCAAAUACCAUUAAUCCCACUCCACAAGGAAGCUCUUUGCGUAGCCCCGAAUGGAAAACUAACUCUUCACAAUGCAAGUUGGAAAUCAGUGGUGCCACAUCGUCUCUAAGUAAUGGAGCACCUUUU